CAUGGUCAUCAAUGUUGCUACAGCGCCAAUGACAAUGGACCAUUGCUCCUUGGUCAUAAAGAAAAGGCUGGGACUUUCUUUAAGAUACACCAGUCUGCAGAUAUUCCAUUUAUCAGUCAUUAUAUYUAUGAUAUUCUACCGUAUUAUGACUGUUGUCGUUGGAGUGGCAGUAGCUUUUGUGAGCUAUACUACAGAAAAAGGCCUUCGAUUGAUGGAAGCAGAUAUAAAGCUCCUAAUAUUGGUUUAUCGCAUGGUGAUCCGCAYAUWGUAACAUUGGAYGGAGUUCAAUACACGUUCAAYGGYCUCGGUGAAUUCGUUAUACUCAAAACUUCCAAUGACGAGUUUAUGUUACAAGGAAGAAUGGAACAGCUAAACAUGACAAACGGGACGUCGAUCAAUGCAACUGUUUAUACAGCGUUUGCUAUGAAGUCAAAUAUCUCCGACACCGUGCAGAUUCAAUUAAAUAAAUUUGGAGGAAUGGAUGUUCUGGUUGAUGGUGAUAAAAAGGACUUCGACGAAGAAGGAACAAUCUUAUUUUCGAAUGGACGUGUCCAAAAGAAACCCAAUACGACAAAAUACGUUGUAUAUUUCGCAAACGGAAUUGCGGUGACUGUUGAAGGUGCAAGACAGCUUUUACAGCUGAUGGUGAAAGUCCCUGAUCAGCAUCUUGGAAAGACAAGUGGUUUGUUGGGAUAUUUUGACAAUGACAAAGAAAAAGAAUUCCUUUUGCCAAAUGGCACAUUUUUGAAGACCUCUUCGAAAGCUAAAACUCUUCAUUAUGAAUUUGGUUUGAAAUGGGCUGUGGAUGCAAACCAAUCACUGUUUACCUACUUUGGUGCUCAAAACCAUUCAUUUUUCACGAAGCCCAUCUUUGUUCCCCUGCUGUUUGACUACGACAACUUAACUUUCACUGAUGCAAACCUUGAGGCUGAAUCAAGGCACAUCUGUCAAGGCAAUGUCCAGUGUUUAAUAGACGCUAUAGCAACCGGACAACCAAGCUUUGCGUUGAUGUCCCGAAACAUCACARAUGAGUUCAAACAAACUUUGAGCAUAACCAGGAGAAUAGAUUGCAUUCCACUGUUUCCUGAGUUUGCCUUUGGACAGAUGAAAAGAACAGACCUGGACCAUGGAGAAAUUCAGUACUCAUUUAAGUGUAAUUCUACUUUUGUUUUGGAUGGACCAGAUCUGAUUUUAUGUAAGAAUGGAACAUGGAAUGGUACCAAGCCAAGUUGCAGAGGAUGCUCUACAGUUGGUAAAAACGUUAUUGUUGACAGUAUUAGCCUGACUGGAUCGGAUGAGGUCACAUAUAGAGUCUCCUGCUUGCAAGGGUAUGCACUGUUUGGACCAAGUAUUGUGAUAUGCAAAGGAGGGAAACCGAGUGACAAUAAAACAGCAUGUUUGAAAGAAUGCUCUUCAAUUGGUCCAAACAUCGAUGUACUUAAUGUUAACAUUAGUGACAUCGAUGAGAUGACGUACAAAAUCACUUGCAAAUCAGGAUAUGAAAUGCUAGGUUCAAAUACUAUAAAAUGCAGAAGUGGAGAAUGGAUCUCAAACACAACACGAUGUUUGAAAGGACUGAAAGUCAAUGCACCACAGCAAGAUUCAAAAGUUAUCAUCUUUAUUUCCACAUUGAUACCAUGUACAUUGGCUUUCGUGGUCAUUGUGGUCGUUUGCUUCAUCGUUUUGAGAAGAAAACUUGUGAGCAGAAAAGAAACAAUCUCUGCUCAUGGAAAAGAGCUUCAGAAAGAAGAGCCAAUUGGUGGAAAGGGAGAAUGCUACAGAGAAAACACUGCUGUAGUUUUGUCAGUUUUGGAUCUUUCAAAAGACAGUAAAGCCGCGUAGAGCCAUGCACCCUUUAAUCAACAAACCUCUUGAUAAAUGAAAAGGUCCUCACUAGGCAAAUGCAGCAAUGUCAUUACAGAUAUCAAAGCUGCAAAAAUUUUGAAAUUUCAUUAGUCUUUAUGCAAUGUUUUAUGUUAUCCUUGUAUAACCAUAGUUGAAAUAGUGAAUGAGUUGUAUUUUCUAAUAAGUAGUGAAAUACUAAUACACAUUUAUGCACAAACUAUAGUCUUUACUGAUUUGCAUAUAUAUGAAGGUAAUAAUAA